UUAAUUUGUUAUUUUUCCUUCGUUUAGUUUGCUUUAACGUUUAUGACCUCAAUGGUAAUGGUUAUAUACUAAGGGAAGAAAUCCAUCACAUGCUAAAAGACUGCAUGGUCAAGUCAUCCACAGAAGAAGAUGCAGAGGAAAAUGUGAAAGAACUUGUUGAGAUAGUCAUAAAGAAAAUGGACUUUGAUCAUGACGGAAAGCUUUCGCCAUUGGAUUACACCACUGCUGUCACAAAAGAAAACCUCCUGCUGCAAGCAUUUGGAAAAUGUCUGCCAGGCCGUCAGGAAGUGGAUACAUUUACGGACAAGUACAUAAAAACUAGACAGUCCUGACUGAUCUACCAACACAAGGUUGCUAUAAUUUCUACUCAGAUAAACGACUUCAUUCUUUUCUACGUUAUGAACAACAGUAUUGUUAGUCACAAUCUGGCGAUGCAUGGCGUCAGUAUCAGCUGACAUCAGAAUUGAACUGUGCACUAAGUGUAAAAUAUAUUUAGGUAUCCAGUUGUAAAUAAGAAGUGAGUGGUUGGACACGAUGUACGUGUUGUUUGAUACUGUAAAAUAAAUACCGUCAGAAUGCCCAUUUCAGAUGAAUAAAAAUGUAGGCAACUGCAUUUCUGAACGUAGUCAUUGUCUUCAUUUAUUAUUUUGAUCAAGAUCAUGAGAAGUUACAAAAAAAGCAGAAAACAACCUAACUGUGCUUCCCAGUCAACGCUUUACUUGCCAAUUCAAGUCAUUUUGGGGAACCUUGGCCACCAGGGGCCCAUUUCUCGAAAGCCCCGGAAACUUUCCGGGCACAUAAAGCCACUUUUAGUUAAUAAUCUGUAUUUAAAACCAUGCAGAGGGGUGUGUACGCCUGAAACAUCUUGUAUGAAGGGAACCUCUGUUCAUGUUACGAAUAUAUGGAUAAAACAGC